AUUUAGAAUUUCAUAUAUUCAUAAAUCAAUCAUUUUUAACCACGUUAAGUUGACACAUUUUUUAUUUAUUAUGUUAGCACUUUCCUUUGCAAUAUUUCUUUUUAUAUAUAAUAAUGGCCUAGUUACUGCUAAAAAAGGACCGCUGAUUACCCAUGAAGUAGAAUUUUAUGUUAAAAUGGGUGAUGAAAUACUUCCACCAAUGGUUAUAGGGCUGUUCGGUAAAACUACCCCAAAAACUGUUGAAAAUUUUCUCAAACUUUCUGGAUUUGAUCAUGAGCCAAAAUAUAUUAAUUCUAGCUUUCAUCGUGUAAUUAAAAAUUUCAUGAUUCAAGGUGGUGAUUAUGAGAGGGGAGAUGGUACAGGCGGCAAAGCCUGGAACGCUCCCAAGUUCAAUGAUGAGAAUUUUAAAAUACCUCAUUAUGGGCCAGGUGUACUUUCGAUGGCCAAUUCUGGUCCAAACACUAAUGGAGCUCAAUUUUUUAUAACAACCGCGAAAACCUCGUGGUUGGACAACAAACACGUCGUUUUCGGGGCCCUUAUUGGUGGCAUGGAAACUCUGAAAAAAAUCGAAUCCGUUCCAACUACCCCCGAGGAUAAACCAAAGGUACCCGUCACUAUUAUGGAUAUAAAGAUCAAAGUACUCGAGAAAGGAGAGAUGACGAAUAUAGAAUAUCCUUCAGAAUAAAAAUAUUUUUAAAAAAGAAUAUUUUUUUUGAUACAUUCUUUAAAAUUUAUAGAAAUAAUUGAUUGUCUAAUUUUUUGCGCAAAAUAAAAAUGAAUUUUGAAAAAAA